AUGGCUAGAAGUCGAGGACGUGGAAGCACAGGACGUGGAGGCAAGUCUGCAGUUAAAAGUAAUAAUGAUGUUACUGCAAAUGUACCUACUAUUUCUACUCCUGCUAUUGUUACUUCUCAAGCUGAUGUCAUAGGUGGUCAAAAUAAUACAAAUCAAGUUCAACCAUUAAUUCCUCAAAUUAGAUCAAUGGUUCAAACUUCUGAUGAUGAUAUGAAUCGAGGAAGAGGUACAGGUCGAGGAAGCAUAGGGUGUGCGGGAAAGUCAGCAGCUAGGACUAAUAUGCCUGUUCGUAUUGCAAACAUGCCUACUAUUCCCACUCAUACAGUUGCGCCACAAACAGCUGGUGGCAUAGGUGCUCCAACUUCUAAUCAUGAUAGUAUGUCUCCUUCUACUCCAAAUCAGACCAACCCAACAACUAAACACGUCUAUUGGGAUUCUUCCAUUACUGAUGCUGCAGUAAAGAAACACUGGCAGAGUAAGGUUGCAACUAGUCGUCGUGGAGGCAAAGAAGUCGCUGCUGGAACUCACAAGGAAGGAUCUAUCUCAAUUGGAGAGUACCGAAAGAGACUUGAAAGAUUUGAAGAAAUAUUACGAGAAAAAAUAUUAUCAGAAUCUGUUAUUGAUCAAAUUGAAGCAUAUUCCCAAGCUGCCGGAGGAGAAAAGAAGCGAAGAGUAUUUGGUCUUGGAUCUGAAUCCAAAGGCUACUAUGGCCAAACUCUGUGUAUUUCUUGUGGAAAGACUUCAUCUUCAGCUUCACAUGAAUCGGUACCAGCUGCAGAUUCGAAUUUGAAUGAGUUUGUGAAGCGAUUGAUUCCCGCACUUAAAAAUCAAUUUUUUCCUAUUGUCAUUGCAGAGGUACAGAAGUUGGUUUCUUCACGAUCAGUUUUUACACCUCCGACUACUCCUUUGGACGAUCUUGAUUCCUUAAAUGAUGAUUGCAAUGAUCUUGAUCAGUUGUGA